CCUUUCGUUGACUCUUGAUUAACGCGGUGACUCCUGAUUGGAAUGAUGCAAUUUCCAGAAAGCUAAGCUGGACGCGUGCUGAGCGCACCAAAUUCAACCCUCCCUCACCAACAUCUCUUUUCUCCUCCAUUUUCUUUCCUCCACUGUCCACACACAGUUCACACUUUUUUACUUUCACUUUACUCUUUCGCCUCCUCUCUCUCUCUCUCUCUGUAUAUAUAUAUAGAUAUAUGAUGUUGUUGAAGAAAGAGAAGGAAGCAACAAUGGCAAGAAUGAUGUUGAUGGUGGCACUCUGUAUACUGCCGGCGCUAGUUAGCGCUAAUCGGCCGGUGGCGAAUCCGUUAAUCGUGGAGGGUAGAGUGUACUGCGACACAUGCCGUGCCGGGUACGAGACCAACGCCACAACCCCCAUUCCCGGUGCCAAGGUUAAAAUCGAAUGCAAAGACAGGGACACACACAAACUCUUAUACAGCAUUGAUGGAACAACAGACUCAACAGGAAAGUACAAGAUCAUGAUCAAAGAGGACCAUGGCAACCAGCUCUGUGAUGCCAUGCUAGUUAGCAGCCCACAGAGAGACUGUGCAACGGCAGAUCCAGGGCGUGACCGUGCUCGUGUGAUACUUACCCGAAACAAUGGGAUUGCUUCAAACAACCGUUUCGCCAAUGCAAUGGGUUUUGUGAGGGAUCAGCGCAUGUCCGGGUGCAAGCAACUGCUCCAGCAAUACGAGCAGGAGUCUGAAGAGUAA